UGGCCUGUGGGGCUUCCUUUGCUCAAGCAGUAUGCAGUAUGGGGUUUAUCAGUGUUUAUUACACUAAUAAAUAUGUAUUUUUUUUCUUUGUUUUCUUUUUAUUUUAGCUUUGUUCCAAGGAUGCAUGAUUUCCGAUUCCAGUGCAUUCAUUCCCACUAGUCACCGCAUCUUCUCUGUGCUUCUGAGACUUAGAACUUGCGAUUUUGUAUCUUCUUUAUCAGAGGAUUUGGCCUGGGAUUGCUAAAUCUUUUCAUUGUUUCUUGGUUUUCCUGGGCGAAAUUUCAGGCGGAAGAAGUUUGUAGGGAAGACACGGUUUGGAAUUAUUCGAUCCUUGUUGUUGUUCAUGUCCAGUGGUUGAAAAUGCAGAGGAAUUGAGGUUGCCUGGAUUCUGUUCAGCGUGACGGAUUGAAAGAUUUCAGUUCGAGAAAGGAGUAGGACAGUGUUUAACGCCUGGGAAAUGAGCUUCUUUCCGAAGUUUUUAGGGUUUUCUUUGUAUUCCGGCGUGUUCUUUGGCGGGUGUUGUUCCAGAAAUCUUAUCAUGCAGCAAGGAAUUUCGAGUGGAAUAUCAAGUGUUGCAGAGGAUUUAGGAGUUCGUCGUCUUCUCAGCUGACUUCUUUUUGGAGGAUUCCAUCUCGAGGAGAGCUUAAGCGUAGCUAUAGCUGAAGACUUGAAGUUCACUUGGAGCUUUUUAGCUGUUUUCUAGUGAAAUCUGUUUAUUGUUUCACGAAGAUCAGGUAUUUUAACUGAAUUACAGUCUCUGCUUUUCUUCCCUGGCCUGUUCUCUGAUGGCUGUGUCGAUGAACUGCGAAAAAUUUCCAGUGAAAUUGGGAGAAAUUUCAGAAAAUGAGAUUGACCUUUCUCUGGUUUGAAGAAUAUUGCAUUAUUUGAGCUGUAGAGAAAUGCCGAGGAGUCGGAAUUUUUGUUUCAAAAUUACGUACAAAAAAGUUGAUCUAAAUUUCAAGGUUGUAAGUUGAAACGGCUUAAAAGGCUUCAAAGUCGUUAAAUUGUUGCUUGGAAGAACUCUUUGCUUUAGCAAGUUGCCGUUGGUUAACUUGGUUUCAUUUACAGUGUUCCUUAAACGUGAUAUGAUCUGAUAUCCUUUGUGGAGUUUGAAGUGUUAGUAGACUAAUUUACAAGCUUCUUAAGAUUUCUUGCUGCACGUCGGAGAAAACCUCUGACUCAUUUUAUAUUUAGUAACGGGUAAGUUGUAACCUCUGGGAAUCUGUUUAAGGAGUUUGAUAGUUUUAGCUUUGAUUAUCUCAGUAUUACGGAGCAUUGAUGGGGCUUCUUGGAAGUCUCUCAAUGCUUCUCCCGUUAUUGCUGUGGGUUCUAUGGAUGCCGGCAGUCAGAGCUCAAUUGCCUGGAGAUAAGGAAAGAUCUGCACGCUCUCUAGAUGCGCUUCUACAAGACUACGCUUUCCGUGCUUUUCCCUCUGUUCAUCCACGAACAGGCACACUUUAUGCCGGGGAACCGCCUUCUAAUUUAACAGGGAUUAAGAUUUCAGCAAUGCGGCUGAGGAGUGGUAGCUUAAGGACCAGAGGUGUUAAGAGCUACUGGGAAUUUGAGAUGCCCAAGGGAGUUGUCGUGCAACCAUAUGUAGAGAGGCUUGUUCUGGUUUACCAAAACCUGGGAAAAUGGUCUUUUUUCUAUUAUCCAAUACCUGGCUACACAUAUCUGACUCCCAUAGUGGGUCUCCUUGCAUAUGAUGCUUUCAAUUUAUCAUCGACAAACUUGCCUGAAUUGGACAUAACAGCACCAAUUAACCCCAUCUCAAUUAAGUUUUCAGGUGUACAAUCAGCCCCAAGUGGGUUGAGUGCAAAAUGCAUUUGGUUUGAUUUGGAGGGUGUGAUGAAGUUCAGCAAUAUAACAUCGGACAAUAUCUGUUCAGCAACCAAACAGGGUCAUUUCUCAAUUGUGGCUGAAUACACUGCUGCACCUUCUCCCUCACCGGUGUCUCCUCAGAUUAAUGGAGGGCCAAAUGAGGGUCCAAGUCUGGGUGGUGGUGAGUCAAAGGUGUGGAAGAUAGUAGGGUCUGUGCUUGGUGGGUUUGUUUUAUUGGUACUAUUGUCUUUACUGGUGUUGUGGGUACAGAGGUACAAGCACCAAAAGAAGAUGCAACAGAUGGAGAAAGCAUCUGAGGUGGGUGAAGCCUUGCAUAUUGCCUCAAUCGGGAAUACAAGAGCACCUAUGGCCCUGGGGACACGAACACAACCAGUCCUGGAGAAUGAAUAUGUGCCUUAAUUUUGUCCAUUUGUACAAGCUAUAUCCACUAUUCACAUUCAGUUCAUGCAUUCAGAUAUUCUUCUCAUCCAUUCUUUCUGUUUGUUUCUAUUCUUCUCUCCUUUCUCAUUUUUUUUUUCAUUUUAAUGUAUGCCUCCUUGUUGUUGCAUAGAGUAAUAGUAAUACCAGAUUUUUAUUAU